AUGUUAAACAUGUUCUCAGAAAAAGGUACGGCACCCGUUGAUCCUGAGAUCACAGAUCUAGCACAUAUUCCGGAAGAUGAUCAGUCAUCCGAAAUACCCUCUACCUUUGCUGUAAAAAGUAAAGUGCAUGGCUGUCUUCAAGUUCUCGGUGCUUUCUUUAUAUUCUUCAAUGUCUGGGGUCUAAACCUUGCAUUCGGAACAUUCCAAAGCUUCUAUGCGCUCAGCUACAUCCCAACAUCAACAUCAUCUGAUAUCGCCUGGAUUGGAACAGUCCAAUCCUGGCUCUUAAUCGUCGGCGGUCUACUAUCCGGCCCACUCUUCGAUCUCGGUUACAAUCAGUCCAUGAUUAUCAUUGGAAGUAUUUUAGGUGUAAUGGGUAUGAUGAUGCUCAGUCUUGCACACGAGUACUACGCCAUGUUCCUAAGUCAGGGAGUCUGCGUGGGCCUCGGAUUCGGAUUGCUUUAUGUUCCCGCUAUGGCAUUGGUCAGCCGUUCUUUUACAACAAGAAGAGCUGUUGCGUUAGGUGUUUCGAGUAGUGGUGCUCCUGUCGGGGGUAUUGUCUACACUAUCAUGUUCAACCAACUUAUAUCGAAAGUUGGAUUUCCCUGGACUGUUCGUCUUAUCGCAUUCCUGAUGCUGGCGCUCUUUAUCGCGGCUGCUCUUAUGCUUUUGGUACCGGACAGACAUUCAGUGAAGGUUAAGCCCACCCAGCGCAGAAGCUUGAUUGAUUUGCGCGCUUUCAAAGAUUUGCCUUUUUGGAGCUUCGCUAUUGGAAAUUUUUUCCUUUACCUUGGUUAUAUCACGCCUUUCUAUUAUAUUCCAACUUACGCGGAGACAAAACUGGGCACCUCGCGCUCAAUGGCAUCUAAUGUCUUGAUGAUUUCCCAGGCUUCUUCGGUUAUUGGCCGUGUUGUCUUAACUUUGUUCGCUCAUUACUUUGGGUCGAUGAUUGCUUGGAUCGUUUGCGGUGUACUCUCUGGCGUUUUGUGUAUUUGUUGGAUCAGUGCAGACACACUUGUACGGUUUAUUCUUUUUGCGGCCUUCUAUGGUUGUAUCUCCGGGGCUUUGAUUCCUCUUCCACCGAGCGUGUUCACACACGUCUGCCCUGACCCCAAGAGUCUUGGAACUUGGCUUGGAAUGGCGCAGAGCUUGAGUAGUUUUGCGUCUCUUCUAGGGCCACCAAUAGCAGGUGCACUCGCUUCAAUUGGCUCCGAUGGGAGUGAGGAUUUGAACUACCUAGGCCCACUAGUCCCCUUCACCCCGGCUCUACUACCAACGAGCCAACAAAUCCAAGGGCGAACAAUUCUCCUCGAGAAACUCGCUCCAAAGCACGCCGAUGACCUCUUCGCUCUAACUGGCGGACUUGAACCACCUAGAGAAGCGCUCUGGGACUACAUGUUUGACGGGCCAUACUCAAACACUGAAACCUUCAAAGCCAGCAUCGCAUCGAAAUCCACUUCAACAGAUCCUUACUUCUACGCAAUCAUCGACAAGCGCAACUCUCUCCCCACUUUUGGGAAGGCAAUUGGCUAUCUCUCUCUGAUGCGUAUGACUCCCGACCACCUGGGCAUCGAAAUCGGGAAUGUGAUGUACUCGGCAGCGCUCCAGCGCACGACUGCCGCGACAGAGGCGAUCUAUCUCCUCGCUCAACAUUCUUUCCAUAAUCUUGGGUAUAGGAGAUUGGAGUGGAAAUGCCAUUCGCUGAAUGAGCCCUCAAGGCGGGCGGCUUUGCGCUUGGGAUUCUCAUUUGAGGGUGUCUUUCGACAGCAUAUGAUUGUCAAGGGAAGGAAUAGGGAUACGGCUUGGUAUUCUAUUUUGAGAGAUGAGUGGGAUGCUUCACUGAAGACUGCUAUGGAGAAAUGGCUGGAUGUUGGGAAUUUUGGGGAGGAUGGUGGUCAGAUUAAGUCACUGCAGGAUUUGCGAGCCGAGUUGGCCUGA